ACGACGGUCUGAAAGCGGAAACCCACGCAUCGCCACCACCAAUCUUGGUUUUUAAUUUUUAGGGAAUGAUUUGAUUUCCCUCCAAUUUCCGCACGAACUAUAUUUGAUCCUAUCUCCGUUUGAUAAAUUACAUGGAACUGCCACCCUUACGUUAAAAUUUUAAAUACCCAAGUUCUCGAUUUCCAUAAAAGGAAGUUAAAUCAUCCCAAUUACCAACCCCUCUUUACUCUGCGGCCACAACUAGGGUUUACAUUUACCGUUUGGGUUCUCAGCAAAAUCUGGAGUUUUGAUUGCUUCUCCGCUCAAUCAGUUAAGUUUUGACAUGGAUUCUACAACGCAAAUUUUCCAACAUCGCUUGUCAGUAAAAUUGUGGCCCCCAAGUCAGGGUACCAGGUUGUCACUUGUCGAGAGGAUGACAAAGAAUCUUACCACCCCAUCUUUUAUCUCCAGAAAAUACGGCCUGCUCAGCAAGGAAGAGGCUGAGGAAGAUGCCAAGAAAAUUGAAGAGGUAGCCUAUGCUACUGCGAACCAAAACUUUGUGAAAGAGCCAGAUGGUGAUGGAAGUUCUGCAGUGCAAAUUUAUGCCAAAGAAUCCAGUAGGCUUAUGCUGGAAGUUCUUAAAAGAGGCCCUAGAGCAAAGGAUGGAGAGGAGGUGGUUGCUCAGAAAGUUACUGCCGCUUAUGGAACUGUCUUCGAUAUAUCUGGAGGUCCCCGGGCAUUUAUUGAUGCUGAGGAGGCUAAGGAGCUCUUAAAACCUCUAGGAGAGCCGGGGAACUCAUUUACUAAGAUAUGUUUCAGCAACAGGAGCUUUGGAUUAGAUGCAGCUCGUGUGGUAGAGCCCAUUUUGUCUUCUAUCAAGUAUCAUUUGACAGAAGUAGACUUAUCAGAUAUUGUAGCUGGAAGGCCAGAGGCAGAAGCUCUUGAAGUCAUGAACAUAUUUUCCUUGGUCCUGGAAGGUUGUAACUUGAGGUAUCUGAACCUUUCAAACAAUGCUUUGGGGGAAAAGGGUGUUCGGGCAUUUGCAGAGCUCCUAAAGUCUCAGAAUAAUUUGGAGGAGCUGUAUCUGAUGAACGAUGGUAUUUCAGAGGAAGCUGCGUGAGCGGUUUGUGAGCUGAUUCCUUCCACUGAGAAGCUUAAGAUCCUUCAGUUUCACAACAACAUGACAGGAGAUGAAGGUGCGGUUGCUAUUUCUGAAAUGGUCAAGCAUUCUUCUGCAUUGGAGGAUUUCCGUUGUUCUUCUACAAGGGUAGGUGCAGAUGGUGGCAUUGCUCUUGCCGAGGCUCUCAGGAUUUGUAAACACUUGAAAAGGCUUGAUUUGCGUGACAAUAUGUUUGGUGUGGAAGCUGGUGUUUCUCUGAGCAAAUCUCUAUAUGCAUUUGCAGAUCUUACUGAGGUUUACCUCAGUUAUCUGAACUUGGAAGAUGAGGGUGCUGAGGCACUUGCCAAUGCUCUUAAGGAGUCUGCACCUUCACUAGAAGUUAUGGACAUGGCUGGCAACGAUAUUACAGCCAAAGCUGCUUCAUCUUUAGCCGCUUGUAUUGCAGUAAAACAAUUCCUCACAAUAUUAAACUUGUCUGAGAAUGAACUGAAGGAUGAAGGUGCGAUUCUGAUUGGCAAGGCAUUAGAAGAGGGCCAUGGCCAAUUAACUGAGGUUGAUUUGAGCACAAAUUCACUCAGAAGGGCUGGAGCGAGGUAUUUGGCACAGUCUGUUGUUCACAAACCUGGAUUUAAGUUGCUAAAUAUCAAUGGAAAUUAUAUAUCCGAUGAAGGAAUGGAUGAGGUGAAGGAUAUGUUUAAGAAUUGCUCUAGUAUGCUAGGAUCCUUGGAUGAGAAUGACCCCGAUGGAGAAGAUCUUGAUGAUGAGGCUGAAGAGGAGGGUGCCUUUAAUGACGAUGAAUUGGAAUCAAAACUAAAGGACCUCGAUAUCAAGCAAGAAGAUUAAUGAUCAAUUGCCUGUAUUCUUUUCUUGUUCAAAAUGCUAUCCGUGUAUUGCUCGUCCAUUGACUACACUCACAUUAGUCUUAGUUCUGGGAGUUUCUCUAGUUUCCAUCUAGAAAUUUAGAAAUUCAAGGUUACAGUUGUAGCUCAGUAAAACUUGUUUUCUUUUCUUUCCCUUUACUAGCUUUCGCUAUGUACCUGAGACUGCAAAUCUGCAAUCUUCUUUUCUAGAUAUUUACAUUUUCUUGUGCAGUUGCCUAAGGCUU